UCCAAUAAAAGCCUUGUAUGACUUGCUCGCGGUUUAAUGCGAUUGAGCUGCAUCGCGCGUUAGUGCAGCUGCGCUGCUGAAUUCAAAAUUCAGGGAAGCGACCCUGAGCAAGGCGGAAUGUCAACUCCAUUGACUCCACAGUAGCGUGCGUACAAGGAACUAACGCUGCAUAGGGCAAUGCCGUGAUUAUAAUCAGCACCUCUGUCGCCGUGCCUUGCGCGAUUAGCAAAACAUGCCUAACAGAGAAGUCAUAACAUUGCAGCUCGGACACUACGCUAACUUUGUGGGCUCUCAUAUUUGGAAUUUGCAGGAAGCCUGCUUUUCGUACAAGCCAAAUGACAAAACGAUACCCCUUGAGUUUUCUCACGACCUUUUUUUCCGCGAAGGAAGAAACCCCAAGGGCAAUGUGACAUACACACCACGUCUUCUAAUUGCCGACCUACAAGGAAGUUUAGGAAACCUGAAGGCAACCGGUUGUCUUUAUGACCCUCCACCAUCAUCAGCCAAUGAAGUGAUUGCUUGGUCUGGUAAAGUCACCAUCCACAAGGCUGAACCAGAGAGAAAGGUUCCAGGUGGCUCUAGAGAUAAAGAUGUACAACGGUUUCCUGCUGACCAGGACAAAGAUGUUUGCCGAGUGGACCCUGUACAUCAAUCGAGCAGGCAGGUGGAAUCCAAGAAGGAGCCAGUGCAGCUGUGGUCAGAGUUCCUCGAUGUCCAUCUGCAUCCUCGCACAAUUCACCUGAUUACACGCUAUCUGCACGACAAUCCAGAUGAUCCCUUUGACCUGUUUGGGAUAGGAAACCAAUGUGCAGAAGAUCCCGAGUGGCAGAACAGUUUCGUGGAUGAUGUGCGCUGGUUUGCAGAAGACUGUGAUUCUCUUCAGGCUUUUAACAUUCUACUUGAUGGCCACAAUGGUUUUACUGGUUUAACGAGCAGCCUUCUGGAGAUCCUUCGCGACGAUUACCCAAACAAGUCCCUUGUCUGCUGGCCUCUGUAUCAGCCUCUCUACAAUAGCAUCAAUGAAGGACGUGUUGCACUCGACAUGGCACACCGGCACUUCAAUGCAGUCAUGUGCUACCACAGCCUCAACCGACUAUCUUCCGCCUUCUGUCCGCUGAGUGUAUCUAGCAGCUAUUUUCAGCCCCUUCUUCGAGACUUCAAGCAUCUCAAGUUGGGAUCUGACCUGCUCCACUACAAUACAAGCGGUGUCCUUGGCCUGGCCCUUGACAACAUUAUGUGUGCUCUUAAGCUGAAAAGCCAACCUCUGGAAGCGCCUGAGCUCUUUGGCCAGCUUUGCAGCCCCAGCAAAAAGCUAUGUGUGCUGGGAAUGGGUCUGCCCCUUGGUCUCGGUGAACUCCAGCUGCUGGCAGACUGGACCCAAGGCAGCAGCCUCGCAAUGCUCACCCCAGGCGCCCGUAGCCCUUCACCAUCAGCAAUGAACCUGGCUGUGAUGAGAGGGUGCAACGCUAGCAUGGUGUCCAAAUUCCCACGCCGGGUACAGGAUCCCAGUGAAGUGCUGUGGAGAUUUGCAGAACGUGUGUGUGAAGGAUCCCUUAUGUGGUUGAGGGAAGUGGAAAAUCCAUCCCGCUUCGUCUCGCAUUCCUUUCCGGACAUCUUUGGACCAUUUGUGUCUUCGACUGGCCUUAUUUCUUGCCAAGCUAGAGGUCGUCAGACCGGUGUUGACUACGUUCCCUCAGUGACGUGUCUGCAAAACGGAUUGGCAGCCAGUGAUGUGGUGGCUGAAGUGGUGCAACAGGGCAGAAAGCUCGACUUGGGACGCUUUCAUCGUUGCGUGGUUGCUGGGACUGAGCCAGACAUGUAUCGCGAAGCUCUUCACACCGUGCAGGAACUGGGGAGCAGUUGAAAGAGGCCUCCAAUUAAAGCUGUUGCUUUAUCAUGACGUUUUGGACACAGAAAAAGAAAGAAAUGGAAGCAGCAUUCAUUGCUUCAAAAA